AUGGUAUUUUACUUCGAAAGCAAUGUUGUUUCACCUCCUACAGUCUUAUUUAUGGGUAUUGACAAAAAUGAAAAUGAAGAUCUAAUCAAAUGGGGCUGGCCAGAAGAUGUUUGGUUUCAUGUGGAUAAAGUAUCUUCUGCCCAUGUUUAUCUUCGGUUACCACCUGGACAAACAAUAGAUGAUAUACCCUCAGCAGUUCUAGAAGAUGCCGCCCAACUCGUUAAAGCCAACAGCAUAAAUGGAAACAAAAUGAAUGAUGUCGAUGUAGUGUAUACCAUGUGGGCGAAUCUGAAAAAAACACCUAGCAUGGAAGUUGGCCAAGUGGGAUUUCAUAAAGAAAAGGAAGUGCGAAAAAUUAGAGUAGCAAAACGAAUUAAUGAAAUUGUCAAUAGGCUAAACAAAACAAAGAAAGAAGAGCAUCCAGAUUUCAGGGGAGAACGUGAAAAGAGAGAUAGGCUGGAGAGGAAGACAAAAAGAAAAUCUUACGGGAGCAAAAGAAAAAAGAGGAAGACGAAGAAAAGAAACGGAAGGACGAUGCAGAACUUAAAAGUUAUAAUUCUCUAAUGAAUGCGGAGAAUAUGGCCAAAUACGAUGACGGCAAUGAUUCCGAUGAUUUUAUGUAA